AUGGAUACCUUUAGUUUACAUUAUCGUUUUUCCAAACAACAUCCGGAUGCUUGUAUGUGGCAAGGCGCUACCGCUCUUCAGAAAUGCACUGCAGCCAUAAGGAUGUUAGCAUAUGGAUGUGCAGUUGAUCAAAUUGAUGAGUAUCCAAAACUUGGUGCUACAACGUCGAAGGAGUGUCUUACACACUUUGUUGAUGGUAUAAUUGCGCAAUUUUCGGCAGAAUAUAUUCGAAAGCCAAAUACUGAAGAUCUCCAACGUCUUCUUAGAGAAGGGGAUGAUAGAGGAUUUCCAGGUAUGAUAGGGAGCAUCGAUUGCAUGCAUUGGAAAUGGAAAAAUUGUCCCGCUGGAUGGAAAAGGAUGUAUCAAGGAAGAUCUAAAACAGCGACUGUAAUCUUAGAAGCCGUUGCUUCUAGAGAUUUAAGGAUUUGGCAUGCUUUUUUUGGAACACCAGGAUCUUACAACGACAUAAAUGUACUCCAGCGUUCGCCGGAUUUUGACGACCUUCUCAACGGUCGAGCACCACAAGUCCAGUUCAACGUGAAUGGAAAUACCUACAACAAAGGGUACUAUCUCAAAGAUGAAAUUUAUCCAAAAUGGGCAACUUUUAUUGACGCCAUAACCGCUCCCCAAACCCAUAAACAAAGGUUGUUCACUCAACUUCAAGAAAGUGCACGAAAGGAUGUUGAACGUGCCUUUGGUGUACUACAAGCUCGAUUUGCAAUAAUUCGAAAACCUACGUUAGCAUGGAGUGUGCCAAUGCUAUGGAAAAUUAUGAUGACAUGUAUCAUUAUCCACAAUAUGAUUGUGGAAGACGAGCGCGAUACUUAUGUUAAUUAUAAAGAUCCACAAGAGUUCGCCCAAGAACAACCUGAAAAUGUAGCAAGAUCAUCAAACUUAAAUGGUAUACAACAUUUUCUGUCACACCCGGACGAUAUGAUGAUUGUGUUAUAUGUCCUAUUACGAAAACCAAUGAGAGAAAGACGGAUGUGCGCCAACACCCGAAUGGAUAAGAUCAGAAAUGAGGUUAUUCGAGUAAGGCUCAGGGUUGUAUCGAUUUCUGCAAAGUUGCUGAGGUGGUUUUAUCAUGUGCAAAGGAAAGCUAGCGAUAAACCAGUGAGAAGAGUGAAAAGCAUCACAAUCGAUGGUAAAAGAAGUCGAGGAAAACUUAAGAAAACAUGA